GUCCAAAAACGGUAAUCCAAUAUGAAUCAUCGCCUAUAUUUGACGCACCCGAAUGACAAUUCAAACACAAUGUUCGGUUUGACAUUUCACUUACUGUGUACAUUCACACCAAAGUGAAAAUAUAUCAUAAUUUCUUUUUUAAGUUGAUUACUUUAUUUACUAAACAAAAAAAAAGAAGAAAUAACUAUAUAAUAGCAGACCUUAAAAAAAAACAAGCCUGAUGAUUGAAAGUAACCGUGUAAUUUUAUGAAGUGCCAAAUGAAAGUCAAAGUACAAAACCCAAGCCUAUUUUUUCGAUAGUCAUUCAACUUGAACUGAUAAAUUGAAUGUGAUAAGAAAUCAGAGCAACCGAUUAUCAACGUAAACAUCUACACAUUUUUGAGACACUAUCGCAGGUUAAUCACACCCUCGUCCAAAUCGAUUCAGUCUCAGAAAACUGAAUAGAAGCGCAAAACAGAGAACAUAAUAUGUACAAAUCUUGUGAUUGGUUCAGUGGCAUUACACGACAAGUGAAUGCAUUAUUUGCAAACAAAGAACCAUGGCAAGUGGCAUCUAUCACAGCUGUUUCGUUAAUGACCACAAUAUGGAUUUGGGAACAGAUCAACCAUGACGAAACAAUCAGUUCACGGACAAAAAAAAAGUUUUUCAAAUUGAUUCGCAUGGUGCCGGCAAUUCAGCGUAAAAUCGAUGAUGAAAUUGCCAAAGUGUCCGAUUCAAUGGAAAAAACCGUUCGAGAGAGAACCGCACACUUGGAAUACUUUACAACACUGCCAUUGCUUGGACUGUCAAACGAUGAAUUGCUCGAGCAUAUCGAUAAGUAUUUGUCACUUGGUGAAUACAAAUGGAAAGAGGGCCGGGUUUCAGGUGCUGUUUACAAUUUCAAUGACGAACUGUGCGAAUUAGUUUCAAAUGUGUACAAGAAAACGGCAUACACCAAUCCACUGCAUGCAGAUAUUUUUCCCGGUAUCAAUAAAAUGGAGGCUGAAGUGGUUCGAAUGUGCGCCGUUAUGUUCAACGGUGACGAUGAAACUGUUGGAACGAUGACAACCGGUGGAACGGAAUCAUUGAUCAUGGCCUGCAAAGCAUACCGUGAUUAUGGCCGAGAGAUCAACGGAAUUCAUCGACCAAAUAUUGUAAUGCCACGCACCGCCCACGUUGGAUUCGACAAAGCGGCGCAGUAUUUUAACAUUCACGUCAACUAUGUGGACAUUGAUCCCGUCACCACCAAAGUCAAUAUUAAGCGAAUGUCCAAAGCAAUCAACAAAAACACUGUCAUGCUCAUUGGCUCUGCACCAAACUUCCCCUAUGGAACAAUGGAUGACAUUCAAGCUAUUGCCGCUCUCGGUUUGAAACACAACAUUCCAGUACAUGUUGAUGCAUGUUUGGGCGGAUUUCUGAUUCCGUUCAUGAAACGAGCUGGUUAUCCACUGCCACCAUUCGAUUUCCGCGUUAAAGGAGUCACUAGCAUAUCAGCUGAUCCGCACAAGUAUGGAUUCACGCCAAAGGGUUGCAGCAUUGUUUUGUACUCACACAAAAAGUAUCGUCACCAUCAAUAUACAAUGACAACGGAUUGGCCGGGUGGUGUAUAUGGUUCGCCAACAGUGAAUGGCUCCCGAGCUGGUGGUUCGAUUGCCGCUUGCUGGGCAACGAUGCUCCACUUUGGCAUCGAUGGCUAUGUUGAGGCCACAAAACGAGUUAUAGACACAACGCGUUACAUUGAGCGUUACUUGCGUCAAAUCAAGGGUAUUUAUAUUUUUGGUACACCCGCUACAUCUGUGAUCGCAAUUGGUUCGCGUGACUUUGAUAUUCUUCGAUUGUCGGAUGCAUUGUGUUCAAUUGGUUGGAAUUUGAACACACUUCAAUUUCCGUCCGGAAUUCAUAUUUGCGUUACGAUGAUGCAUACAAUGGAUGGCAUGGCUGAUCAGUUCAUCAAGGAUGUUACAGCCGCCGUAGCCGAACUAAUGAAAAAUCCCGAGAAACCCAUCGAAGGAAAGAUGGCGUUGUAUGGACAGGCCCAAACCCUAUCCGAUCGAUCGUUGGUAGCAGAAAUCACUCGAUGCUUCAUUGAUUCCAUGUAUUUCACACCGGCUGCUAUAAAAAAUACCAAAUGAUCUAAAUUGUACCUUCCACUACUCAAGCAAAUUAGGCCGUGAUUAAUAACAAGUUAAAUCGAUUGAACAUAUUCAAAUGAUAUAUUUUGUGUAAUUAGCAACGUGUGGCCAUUAUCAUACCAAUGUAAUUGGUUUUAUUAUUAUAAAAAAGUCUUUUUUUUUCUCUAUAUGUUUGUGCUGAUGUUUGAAAAAUUAUGCACUGGUUUAUAUUUGUUGAAUGGAAUGAAGAAAAAAAAAGUGUGUUUAUCGGAUAGAAUUUAUCCAUAUCUUAGUAGCUGACAAAAAAUAAAUAAACAUGUCAACUAUGAGAUGUAAAAAAAAAA